UCGGGCGGUGGAUUUGAUUUCGGUUUGAAUGGCCGCGGCGGAACUCAGUGUUUUCAAGUGUUAGCGAUGCAGAAAUGGCAGCGAAACAAAACGCGUCGGGGUCCGAGGAGUCAGACCAGUCGUCUCUAGCCGAGCAGCAGACGAGCCGGAGCUUUAACCGGAGUGUUCGGGUGGCGGAGAAGGAGCGGAGGAAGACCGAGGCGGAGGACCCGUUCGUCCCGGCCCUCAAGUACUUCUCUGACGUUGAAGCAGGAACUCCAUUGCAAGGGAACGAUGAGUUUGAGAGGAACCUGGUGCUGGUGGAGAAGGUGGCCUACGCUAGAGGACUUUCCCCGGAGGCCAUCUCUAUCAUGCUGGAGUUUGCCAUGAGCCUCCGUAUGGGGACGAGUCCAUGUGUCCGGAUACUGAAGUGUCUGAUUCCUGCCACCGUGGUGCCACAGGAGGCUGUGGUUCGAGCGGUGGUUUGGCUGGGUGUUGGCAAAAUACCCAUCAGCACCCAAAUUCUCUUUAUAAAGUGGGUGUUGACUGUCUUUGACAUGAUUGACUCAAAAGAGCAACUUCGAGCUGUCUAUGGCUUCAUCUUCAGCUUUGUCACGGAGGAGAAUCUGUGUCCCUUCAUCUGCCAUCUUUUGUACCUUUUGACCAGAAAGGAAAGUGUGCGAGUGUUCAGAGUGCGGAAGCUAUUGGAGCUUCAGUCUAAACUGGGAAGGCAGCCAUUCCUCCUGCACCUACUGUCCCUUUACAAAGUGUUUUGUCCUGAACUUGUGACUCUAUCCAUUUCUUCACGAAUGCGGAGUGGGUUUAGGAACCACAACUCCCCCUGGAAGUCAUCAUUGAUUGCUGUACAGAAGAGGAAUGGUUCCCUGCUGGCCUCCAGCGACAGUCUGCCGCUCACAAUAAAAGAUAAGCCCAACUCUCGGAAAAGGAAAUACGGUCACCUGGAGUUGCCAGUUUUGAAUUCGCUCGUCAAUAAACAGGCUCAGGCUGAGUCGCCCUUCAGCAGAAAGUUGGUUCCCCUGGUGCAGCUCAGCUCUUUUACUCAACUCCUGGAAAAUAUACAUCGAAUAGAGCUGCCGGCUCAGAUGGGCUCACUGCUGGGCUCCAGUCUGGCCCUGCAGUACCUUGACUGUGUUCAGGAUGAGUCUGCUCUCCUACGCCUCAACUUCUGGCUUGGCUACGCUCUCCACGAAGAAUUUCUCUUCUGUGGGGAUGGAAGAGCCUCCCAGAAUUCAGAUGAAGCUCUGCAAUUUCUGGACAAGUUGCUGUCCACACAGCACUUUCUGCAGGAAGCAUUUUCCAGUUCAGAGGCUUUCCUGUACAAGUUUCUCAGCGUGUGGGAUGGUUCCCUCCUCCGCCCACAGAUCCUCAGCCUCCUAAGCAACAUUCCUGUUGUCCCCAGUUCCCAAAUCGGAAGGCUUCUCUUUGAGCCCCUCAUGCAGCUCUUCUUCACAUCCUCCCUGUUUUUCAAGUGUGGACUCAUGGAGUGCCUGAACAAUAUGCUGUUGAAGUGGCUUACCUGGCAUUCAGUGUACGCUCUGGAGGACGACUUAGACAUCAGCCUCAACAGCCACACCUCUAUAAACAUGACCCUGUCAGGGUUCAAAGACUCUGUGAUGGAGCUGGUUCACUUUGUGGGUCGUCUGGCGUCCGUGGGCCUCCAGCUCGAAGGCUCUCACUCACUCCUCCUCAGCUUCAUCCUGGACUUCUACGAGACGGUGUGUGACACAUUUCUGAAGUAUGGGCUCCCCUUGGUGGUGAUGCCCCCUCCAGGAGUGUUUUACCCAGCCCUGUUUUCUCCCGACCCCAUCAGCGUGGACCGACUGGCCUUCAUCAUGUACAGGUACAAGGUGAACCUGACCUCCGCCAAGAGUCAAGAGAAAGUCACAGAGCAGGCCUUUCACAUCAGCCGCCAAACGUUUCGUGAGUUCAACAACUACGUGGUCGUCAUGGUCAACUGCCUGUGGAACUCCAAAAUGUUUCAUCCUGGAAUGGGAGUGCAGCUGGGAGAGGAGCUCCUCCUCAAGAGCAACGUACCGCAAUACGGCACGAGUUUUGACCUGGUCCACCACCCUGCUUUCCUGAGCUACGCUGUGGACUUCCACCUGAGGUGCUGGCCCGGGAGAAAGGACGUGGACCUCAAUUCCAUAAAGCAUUCCAAGCCAUGGAGCUGGUACCUGGAGUACUUGUACAGUCAAGGAUACGACGGCCUCAAACAGUUUGUUCCAGCCCUGUAGUCGGAGGAGACAGUGUGGACAUGCAUUUUACUUCCCCAGACAAUUCCUUUUUUGCGUUCACUGCAAAUUGAAAUCUACAAGAACUAAAUGAAAUAAGGUCAAUAUAUCGAUUUCAUUUCAGCAGUGCUGUUGGAUGGAAUUCAGAGAUAUAUUGAUGAUCUCCUGGUUUUCAUGUAACUCCUGUGAGAGGCUGCAUAACCUGUUGCAUUGUGAUCCUUUUGCAGGGCUCACAAUAUAUUUGUCAGUGGUGGUCUUCUUGCAAUAUCAGUUUCUACAUACAGUGGAUUUUUAACUUGGCUAAAACUAAAACUUUGUGCCAAUGCAUGGCCAACAUAGUAAAUCACAUCUAGUUAAGAUGAAAUCUGAGUCAUUGCUCACGACAAAAGUGCUGUUGUUUGUUAAAAGCUGAAUUUGAAAUUUAUGAAUCCAGUCCAAACACUCCUGCCACAACCAAUUAACAGACCACAUGUCGGGCACUUUACAAAGUAAAUGUAUGAAAACAAAUGAUUUUGUGGACGGCAGGGACUCUAAGAGUGGGGGUGCAAUGGGCGUUUCUGCAGCAGCCUCACCACCACAGGUUCUCGCUUCUUUGAAUGAGUGCGACGACUCGACUCUGCAGCUCUGCCUCACGUGCAGCUUCAUCGAUCCACGCUCCUCAGUGCACCAAGACUUUAAAACAUCGCAGUGGACGCGCCAAAUUUUAAUUGGCCUCUUUUUUUCUGAAAUCUUUUUGCAAAUUAACUUUUGUGGAUGGAGGUGGCAGUUAGAGGGUGGACAAUCCACCCCAUAACUG